AUAUUUAAAUAAUUCAAUUUUGUUGAAGAUUUUAUAUUUAAUUCACUAUAACUCCAAUUCCACAGUGGGGCGCUCAUGAGGCACUGCGGCUGAAAAAGAUUACAUAGUCGUGCUUCCGCUUCCGGCUGUUGUGUACAACACGCUCCGCAAAGAUGAACGCACCUCCAGCUUUCGAGUCAUUUUUGUUGUUUGAUGGUGAAAAGAAGAUCACAAUCACAAAAGACACCAAAGUCCCAAAUUCAUGUCUCUUCACACUGAACAAGGAGGACCACACGCUGGGAAACAUCAUCCGCGCGCAGCUGCUCAAGGAUCCCCAGGUUCUCUUUGCUGGUUAUAAAGUUCCACAUCCUCUGGAGCACAAGAUUGUCAUCCGAGUGCAGACAACAUCUGACUACAGUCCACAGGAAGCCUUUACGAAUGCCAUCACUGACCUCAUCAGUGAGUUGUCUCUGCUGGAGGAGCGCUUCAGAGUAGCCAUCAAAGACAAACAAGAAGGCAUCGAGUGAUAAUCUCCGUCAGCUUGCGCCCAAAACAUCACUUCACCUGUCCUCACCUUGAAAUAUUUUUUUUCUGUAAAUAAAGACUUUGACUCUCA